AUGGCCCAGACUAUCGCUCUACGCCGUCGCCAGAACAAGAGCUGCGACCAGUGUCGGGCUGGUAAACGCCGAUGCGAUGUCGAAGUCGCUGUCCACGAGAUUCCGGCAAUCAGCGGUCUCGCUUUCCCUUCGAACGACGAACAUGACGAGACCAAUAUUUUCGCCUCGUCCCCCUGCACGAAUUGUAAGAAGUGGAAAAAGGCAUGUACAAUCGAGUGGAUCAAGUCGCAUCAAAGGCGCCAGUCGACCACCUCGAAACGCCGGCGGGGUUCCAAGGAGACAUCGCACAUAGCAGACGAUGGAGCGACGCAGGACGUAUGGGUGGAUGGCGUGUCGAAUCUUCCACCUCAAGAUCCCGACCCCAUACUCAGCGACUCUCUCAACAGGUCGAUAUCCAGAGAAACGUUUCCCGACGGUUCGACAGCGUGUCUGUCUACGAGUACAGUCUUCGAGAACUUCAACGGAUCCCAUCACGACGAGAGCGCCUCCCUCAUGAACUCACAGCUCAACCAGCCCUUCUAUGACUUCCCACCUGUCGACGGUCCCGAGCCGUAUUCGACCAGCUACUACAUGGCCCAGCCAAUGCUCGACCCGGAUGUCGCUAUUGAUGGCCAAUCCUCGAGUUACCUCUCUGACGGUUCAAGUUCUUGGGGGCAGCCCAUGUCGAACCCUCAGUCAGUAGUUGACAGCCAGGACCAGGAAUCGACAGGCCAGGACCGCCGGUUCUCUCCUCCCUUAUAUGGAAAUGGCCUGAUGACCAAGAACGCUUCACCCUUCGCCUCGCAUUUUCUUACUGAAGACCAUAGCCGGCUCUAUAUCAAAAAUGGCCUGCUUAAAAUCUAUCACGACUCUCUAGAAGGUGCUUUGAGCUGUUGGCUGAUUGAGAGGAACUGCCCCUAUGCGUCGAGUCCGUUUGUGGACGAAAGAGAUGCUUGGAGCUCCAAAUGGUCCAACAGAAUUGUGACACGAGUCCGCGCAUUAGACGACGCCUAUUUGAGGAGUGGUGUCUUGUCUCAAAAUGAUCAGAAACAGGCUUCAAACGUCCUUAGCCUCGUGAUUAUGGCUUUCGCAGUGCAGUGGGCUCAAUCCUCCUACGGAAAGCACGACAACCUAAGCACGCACCUACCAGAACAUGGGAUUUUUGGGCGCAAUAUGCAAAAAGCGCUCUGGCACAAAGCCAACCUCGCCCUGAGUCAGGCGACGGGAAACCCGUCUUUCAAGGUCAUAUUUGCUGCAAUCAUAUUUUCUUUGACCCAACGUCCCAUGGAGUCGGCCGAAGUCCUCCCCAGCCCAAAUUCACGUCGACAGAAUGACCUCGCAUCGCUGCGCAAGAUUCUCGAUAACGAUGGUGGCCCCAUCUUUUUGGAUGUCGCAGUCCGCAAACUGCAUGAUCAUCAACGAAGACUAAAGGACGCUGAACGCUCUCGGGAUGGGGGUCACCUCGCGUUACAAACGUCCUUCACUCUCGGUGAGCAGGAUAAACAAACGUUUGGACUGAUGUUUUGGCUCGCCAUCAUGUUUGACACAAUUUCCGCUGCCAUGAAUCGACGGACUUUCGCUCUCAGUGACGGCGAAACCAGCAUCGUUGAUGACGUUCACCCACCUGCACCUAGGCUCGCAACAUCUGUCAACGGGUUUGCUUGUGAUCUGGAUGGAUAUUCUGGUUUCUCCAACAUGAACAGUUCUCAGUUGGCUCGAGAGUCGCACAUAUGGGGCAACUAUUUCCUUCGUCAACAGUCCCGGGUCGGAGACGUUCGCAAGCAGACGACCCGUUGGCCUUGCUCCUAUGUCGAUGCUGCCGCAUGCCUCGCUGAUGCUGCUCCCGUCAAGGUCCUUGUUUUUCGCAGGGUAGGACAUCUUCAAGAUCUCUACUACCAGCGCGCCUCAGCCGAGGCGAUCGAGAAUGCCAUUGCUUCCACGUUGGAGGUCUAUAAUCACUGGAAUAAUACCUACGGCCGCUUCAUCAGUGACUGUGUGGCAAACCACGAGAGCCUGCCCGCUCGCAUUCAAUCAUGGUAUCUCCUCUUGGCCAGUCACUGGCACCUGGCCGUCCUCAUUCUGUCGGAUCUGAUCGAGAAGCUGGACGAUUCGAACAUGACCCUGCCGGCAAAUCGGACCGCGAGACAGACGACAGAGUUCUCUGCAGCCGUAAGGUUCCGCUCCGUGUACGCCGUGUCGGACCUCGGCCGAUGUUCGCGCUUCGGCAACGAAGAUCUAUCCUUCUCGCAAUCACCAGAUUUCCACCAUGCGGUCAACAAGGCAGCAUUGCUCACAGAACCAUGGACGGUAGUUUUGGUGCGCUCAUUCGCACACGCCGGUGAAGUUCUCGUCAAACUCGUUCUGUCACGGCGGGAGCCCGGACUUUUCAUGGACACCAACCACCUCUCAGAAGCAAGGAGUCGUCUGAAUGAUUGUAUCGAAGCGUUGUGGCUGCUAGGACGAAAAAGUGACAUGGCGUUAAGUGCAGCAAAAAUACUGCAAGAAGCCGUGAACCAAGGCAUGGCAUAA